GGGACCCCCCCAUGGCACCGCCGCGAUGUUCGUGUCCCGGGUCCUGGAUUUCCAGAAGACGCGCUACGCCAGGUUCAUGAAUCACCGCGUCCCGUCCAACUGCAGGUACCAGCCGACGGAGUACGAGCACGCGGCAAACUGUGCCACCCAUGCGUUCUGGAUUCUGCCCAGCAUCCUCGGCAGCUCCAUCCUCUACAUCCUCUCUGACGACCAGUGGGAAACCAUCUCAGCCUGGAUCUAUGGCUUUGGCUUGUCCAGCCUCUUCAUCGUCUCCACCAUCUUUCACACCAUCUCCUGGAAGAAGAGGCAUCUCAGGACCAUGGAGCACUGCUUGCACAUGUUCGACAGGAUGGUGAUCUACUUCUUCAUCGCGGCAUCAUAUGCUCCCUGGCUGAACCUGAGGGAAUUGGGUCCCUGGGCCUCCCACAUGCGCUGGAUCAUCUGGAUCAUGGCAUCUAUCGGGACCGUCUACGUUUUCUUCUUCCAUGAGCGGUACAAGCUGGUGGAGCUGGUGUGCUACGUUAUCAUGGGCUUCUUCCCUGCCUUGGUCAUCCUUUCCAUGCCCAACAGGGAUGGCCUCCCGGAGCUGGUGGCCGGUGGACUCUCCUACUGCCUGGGCAUGGUCUUCUUCAAAAGCGACGGCCGCAUCCCCUUCGCCCAUGCCAUCUGGCACCUCUUCGUGGCCAUCGGAGCUGGCAUCCACUACUAUGCCAUUUGGAGGUACCUCUACCGGCCUGGCGCGCUGGAGACUAAAACGUCCCGGUAG